UUAAAUUCACGUUUAAAAGUUACCAAUUUUAGCUCCAAAAACCACCUCGGCUGUCACCGCAACUGAAACUCCGGCCGCCGAGAUGGCUACCUCCACCUUCUCAAUCUCCUCCUUGAUUUUUCAGAAACCGCUUCAAUAUCAAUCUGCAGUCUCAUUCUCACCAAAAUUUCCUUACAGGAAAUUCAGUUCCAAUAAAGUUAAUCAGUUUCCUAAAGUCUCCUGUGAUUACUCUUGCUUUGAGAUUAAGGACGUUAGCUAUAGGCCUCCUGGAACACGGCUCAACCUUUUAAAUAAAGUUAAAUUUUCUCUUCCUGAAAAAAGUUUUGGCUUGAUUUUUGGACAGAGUGGGAGUGGAAAAACUACACUAUUGCAGAUUCUUGCAGGGUUAAGUGAACCAACAUCAGGUUCUAUUUGCAUUCAGAGAUAUGGGGAUGAUAAGAAUCCGUGUCAAUCUUCUAAAAAGUUAUCUCCGGAAAGAGUUGGCAUCGUCUUUCAGUUUCCCGAGAGGUACUUUGUGGCAGAUACUAUACUUGAUGAAGUUAUAUUUGGCUGGCCAAGGCAAAAGGGAAGCCUUCAAUUGAAGGAACAUCUUACUAUGAAUCUUCAGAAAGCUAUCACUUCGGUUGGAUUAAAUGGGAUCUCCCUGGAGAAAGAUCCUCACUCCCUAAGUGGUGGCUACAAACGCAGGCUUGCUUUGGCAAUCCAGUUAGUACAAGCCCCUGAUCUGUUGAUAUUGGAUGAACCUCUUGCGGGGCUUGAUUGGAAGGCGCGUGCAGAUGUUGUAAAGCUUUUAAAGCAGCUAAAGAAAGAAUUAACCGUACUUGUUGUCAGUCAUGACCUCAAAGAGUUGGCAGCUCUAGUUGAUCAUUCAUGGAGGAUGGAGAUGGGUGGAUUUCUGAAGGAAGAGCUGCUUCCAAUAUGACACGGGUCUAUUCUUCCUACCUUACCAACAUUUUAUGGUCAGAAUUUGAAGUCGUCGUUUCUAUGAGAACCCCGGACAGGAGCAAUAUUUUUUACCAUGAUCAUACUUUUCAGUCUUUUUAUUUGAAGAACUUUCACUGACUCAGAGCCUGCUUUUGCAUGACCCAGAGGCAUUCAGCUGAUGACAAUAACAGCUGCGAUGGUGUUGCGAACCAUUUUGUGCUCUGCAAGGUUGUUGACGCAGCAGCAUAAUAAAAAUUUGGAUAUGUUUCGAUUGCACUGUUACGAAGAUGACAAACUCAAACCGUGAAAGAUCUCCUGGAAAACGUUGCAAAUUGCGAAUGCAGGAAAGCUUAUAUACUAAUGACUUCUUCCUAUUAUGUUUUUUUCAAUACUUAUUAGUUUAUCUCCAACUUUUUGUUC